CCUCCUUUCUCUCUUCUUUCUGUUUCUAUCUCCAUUCUUUCCCCAAACCAUUCUCUAAAAACCCUAGCCCCCAAAUUCACGACAACAAGAAAGGCAAGUCGACAACGAGGACAGCAACGAGUGCGGCGAUGAGUGCGCCUUCCAGGUAUUGUCUUGUUGCUGUUCUGUUUGGAAUUCCAGGUGUUCGCUUUACCUUCAGUCGUAAAGCCUUGCAACUGAGGUCGACAUGAAUCGCGGGGUUGAAGAAGAGAGAGCCAAAAUACCCAUGAGGCAGAGACCCGAAUGGGCUGAUAUUCGGCCCGUCCCGCAAUAUGACGGCCCGAAUCCGGUCGUGCCGAUUGCUUACACCGAUGAGUUCAGCGAAACCAUGGAUUACUUUAGAGCCGUAUACUUGGCGGAUGAGCGAUCCCCACGCGCACUUCAACUCACUAAAGAAGCCAUUUUUCUCAAUUCAGGGAAUUACACUGUGUGGCAAUUCAGACGUCUAAUACUCGAUGCACUUAGUGUUGAUUUGCAUGAAGAAUUGCAUUUCGUUGACCAGGCUACAAAAGAUAAUUCCAAAAACUAUCAAAUAUGGCAUCAUAGGCGGUGGGUUGCUGAGAAGCUUGGGACUCAAAUAGCAAGUAAGGAGCUUGAAUUCACCAGGGAAAUCUUCUCUCAGGAUGCAAAGAACUAUCAUGCCUGGUCCCAUAGGCAGUGGGUUCUUCAGGCUCUUGGAGGAUGGGAAAAUGAGCUUGCCUACUGCGAUGAGCUCCUCGAAGAUGAUAUUUUCAACAAUUCUGCUUGGAACCAGAGAUAUUUUGUUGUAACUAGGUCUCCUCUCUUAGGGGGCUUAGAGGUCAUGCGGGACUCUGAAGUUGCUUUUGCAAUUAAGGCUAUUUUAGCCAAACCUGAGAAUGAAAGUCCUUGGAGAUAUCUGCGCGGACUUUACAAAAACGAUGUGAACUCUCUAGUUAAUGACCCUCGAGUUGCAUCAGUUUGCUUGGACGUUUUGUUGGACAAAAGAGAUUGUGUUCACGCUUUGAACAUGGUUUUGGAUCUUCUCAGCCAUCGCCACCAACCUAGCAACGAGUUGAAAGAUGCAGUUGAUGCUGUGUCUCCGGACCCAAAGCCCUCCGAUUCAAACUUUGCUGAAAGAGUAUGUUCUAUCUUGCAAUUGGUAGAUCCCAUAAGAGCAAGUUAUUGGAGGUGGCGCAAGACCAGUAUUCCUGCUCAAGAUUAAUACCGAGGUAAAGAAACAGUCUUUGUCUAAGUCCAUAAAAAUCGAAUAGCGAUCCUCUAUAACUACUCCGAGUAUUCAUGAACCUAGGAAAUGAGUUUGUACUAGGUCAGAUUUAACUUGGAACUCCCAUUUGAAUGGGAGCCUGUGAGAGAGAGCUCUCAGAAUAUUACAAAUCCAUUGUACCUAACUGCUGUUCUUGUUGGUGCCAGUUCAACUAGUUUAGACUUUUAAAAAGAAUUAUAUGUA